AUGGAUCUGGCGUACGAUCACAUCCAGGAGAACUCGCUCCCCAAGGAUGCCGAUAAGAAGAAUGGCGACGCCAAGGACACCAAAUCCGACCAGCCGCAGUCAUCUUUGAACGAUGACUUGCAGGAGGCGUACAAGGCCAUCUCGUCCAGUCCUUGGGGCAUGCGCAUCGGUGGCUUCUUGGGAAGUGCCGUGAAGCAGGGACAAGAAGUCUACAAGGAAGCCUCCAAGGAGGUGACGGAGCUCGGUCAGGACGCAUCCAAGGGCUUCAGCUCCAUAAUCAACCGAACGAGAUCCCUCACCGUCAACACGACGACGCAAGAUGAGUCUUCCGGAGACAGGAGCAAGGAGACCGACAGCCAGACGACGCCCACAAAGACCAGAGACUUGGCAGCUUCCGACGACGCCAUGAGCAGCUCCGAGAACUACCUCACCAGGCUUCGCUCCGAGGCAGCCAAGCGGCUCAAGGACUUGCAAAAGGCCGAGGACGCCGCCGACGAGGCUCUGCUCCGCUUCGGCACCAAUAUCAGCAACUUCCUAAAGGAGGCCGUCAGCAUCGCGCCGCCUACCGACGCCAACAGCCAGGGCGGCGCCGUCAUGUUCGAGAGCAAGGACGCGCAGGGCAAGCGGGUCAUCCACACCUCGAGGCAAGACGCCCAGUUGCACGUCAUCCACACGAGCACCGAGAGCUUCGCAAAGGACCCUGCCACGGAGGAAUUCGCGACCUGGGCCAAGACGUUUGACGCGGAAAAGAAGACGGCAGAGAUUAGCGACGACUUGAACAAGUACCCCGAACUGCGAACGACGAUGGAGAAGCUCGUGCCCGACCAGGUUCCCUAUGCUGAGUUCUGGAAAAGAUACUACUUCCUCAGACAUGGUCUGGAGGCUGCCGAGACCCGAAGACGCGAUUUGCUCAAGGCUGCUUCUGCCGAGGACGAAGUCGGCUGGGAUGACGACUCCGAUGAUGAGGCCACCACAACUACUGCCCCUGCUCCUGCUACCGCCGCUGCCGCCACUCCCACCCCUGCUGCUGGCGCUGCUCCCAAGACUGAGAAGACACAAGCCCGCCCGCCAUCAGCCGAGUCUUCCACUACCAUCCAGCCUCCCGCCCAAACCUCCUCCACCCUGAAGCCUGCCGAGUCACGCAAGUCCAACGACGAAAAAUCCCAGGCCGACAGUGACACCAGCUACGACGUUGUCGGUGCCACCUCUGGCGUCCCCAGCCAAGCCCCCAACAGCCCCAAGGACUCCCGCAAGGCCGACGAUAGUGACGAUGACUGGGAGUAG